AAUACUUAAAACGAAGGAAGUUACUUCUAUGAAAGCGUCCCUGAAUGUUGUCAUAAAUUUGUCUGAUGUUUUCAGGUGAUAUAGAGCAGGUGCGUGUACUUAUGUACAACAUUGCCUGGUGUGGCUACCUUGACACCCCUACCCUGCUGCUGGCCAUUGUGGGGGUUUGGCCUGAUGUCAUGUCUACAACUGGCCACAAAAAAAAGUCCUCUGUCAUCUUUGUGUUUGAAUAUUUGCUGAGUGUGGUAUACAAAGAUGAUAAUGAAACAUAUCUAAAGGUCAGUCAUGUACUUCAAAGGAUUUGUCACUGGGAUAUUCAAAAAAAGAAGUAUACACCUGAAGAACUUCUGAAGUAUUUACACAAACAAUUGGAUGAACUUCUUAAAAGCUCAUCCAAGAGAAAAGAUGAUUUAUCAUUUGAACUGAUGAAAGCAAUGGAACUGCUGUUGGCACACCAGGGAGCAGCCUGGACAGAGGAACACUUCUGCAAGCGCUUGCUUGUUUCUGUAGCCAGCAAGUGGCUCCACAGAGGAGGGGAAGACAAUGGACCCACCCCUCAAUUAGUCAUUUGUUUGUUUAGAUUGUUCCGAUCCGUGGUGGCAAUACAUCCACUUACAAGUAAUGGACUGGGAGUGGUUUUAAGCCAGGUUUUUGCCAAAUUCAUAACCAGAAACUCAGCACUGAUGAAUGUUGAAACUUCAUACAUAGACACUUUGCUUGAGAUAACACCUCAAAACCCUGAAAGAUGUCUGGAGCUCUUAAAAAAAUGGAAGGACAACAACAAAGGAAAAAUGCCCAACCAGACCUUCAGUAAAUUACUGCAAAUUCAGACAUUGCUGUCCAAGCAAGGAACAACGUAGAUUAACAACUCUCAGACUAUAAUGUGAUUCUCUCAAAAUAGCCGUCCAAAUGUUGUGCUGCACUUAUGUUACAUGUGUUCCGCACCCAAAAUAGUAUUACAAUAUUGAUAAAAAUAUCUCAUGUAUUGGCAAUUUUGCAGAAAAAAAUAUGCUUUUUAAAAAUAGAUUAGAAAAUAAAUUUCUUAAGGGGUUUAGGUAAAAUUUCUCUAAAACAAAUGUUUUAUAUAUCUCCACCUUAAAUGGCCAGAUAUUGUCUUUCAGUGUGCUUAAAAUGUAUGGGAGAGAGAAAUAGAUGGUAAUAUGUUGAUAAUCUUUUGGAUGGAUCUCUUUUUUUGGUAUGUCCGUUCUCAGGGCUAUUUAAUCAAAAUUUUUAAAUUUUCUUGGAGAAAUGUUUAACGUUUUUAUAUGUAUCCUGUUUUUUCCCCAAAGUUAAUUAUUUCCCUUGUAGCAAAGGAGAUGACAAACAAUACAUUUAAACUAUUAGCUGUAUUUCUCUUGAUACAAGGGAAAUAGCUAUUGGUGCUAAUAAUUUGUAUUGAUGGCCGGUAUUACAGUGUUUAACCCUAUAUGCCAAGUUUUCUUAAACAGUAAUAGUUUUUUUAUGUUAAUAUUUAAAAUAGGAUGAAUGUCAGUGUGAAAAUGUUAAUCAUGUUCAUAAAUGUGUAUUGCAAUGAAUGUUGGUAUAGAUGAUAGAUGGAUAUAGGGUUUAACACUAAAUUUAUGUUGUUUUUUUUUAACUUUAAGUUAUAAUUGAUGUUUUGACACUGUAAGUUAACUAUGUGUAAAUCUGUAUAAAAAGUAAAUAUUAACAAGGAUGCAAAUCACUAGUUGAAGUAUUUGUAUAUGGUUUUUAAUACUCUAGCUCAAUGUUCGAUACACAAUAUGUGCUUUCAUUUUUGUAUUCAGUAUUUUUUUACUCACUAUGUGUGGGCUGUUGACUGUGUGGACCAUUUGUUUUGAAUGUUAAAAUGUUUUCUGGGACUUACAAAUUUGCACAGCUGUUAAA